AUGCGCCGCGCGCUCCUGGCGCUCGUGGCCGCCGCGUGUUGUCGUCUCGCGUGGCCGCGCGUCGCCCCCGGCCAAGCGCCGGGAGCCGCGGGGCCCAUGUGCCCCGUGACGGCACCGGCGGGAGCCGCGACGGAGCCGCCGCCGCGGGCGGAACCGGCCCCGAGGAGAGCCAAGCGCUUCGCCUCGGUGCCGCGCUACGUGGAGACGCUGGUGGUGGCCGACGAGUCGAUGGCGCGUUUCCACGGCCCGGAGCUCGAGCGCUACCUGCUCACGGUGAUGGCAGCCGCUGCCAAGGCCUUCCGGCACGCCAGCCUCGCCAACCCCGUGGAGCUGCUGGUGACGCGGCUGCUGGUGCUGGGCCCGGGCACCCCCGGGCCCCCCGUCACCUCCAACGCCGCCCAGAUGCUGCGCAACUUCUGCGAGUGGCAGCGGGACCUCAACGACCCCGACGAGGACAGUCCCCGGCACUUCGACACCGCCAUCCUCUUCACCCGGCAGGACCUGUGCGGGGCGGCCACCUGCAACACGCUGGGCAUGGCCGACGUGGGCACCGCGUGCAACCCCGCGCGGAGCUGCUCCAUCGUGGAGGACGACGGGCUGCAAUCGGCCUUCACGGCCGCCCACGAGCUCGGCCACGUCUUCAACAUGCUGCACGACGACUCCAAGGCCUGCGAGGAGCUGAACGGGCGCGCGGGCGCCUCGCGCCACAUGAUGGCCCCGGUGAUGUCCUCCAUGGACCCCGAGGAGACGUGGUCCCCGUGCAGCGCCCGCUUCAUCACCGACUUCUUGGACAACGGCCACGGCCAGUGCCUCCUGGACAAGCCCCCCGAGUGGCUGCGCUUGCCCACGGCGCUGCCGGGCAGCCAGUACGACGCGGACCGGCAGUGCCAGCUCGCCUUCGGGCCCGAGUCGCGCCACUGCCCCACGCCGCAGCCGCCGUGCGCCGCGCUCUGGUGCACCGGCCGCGCCAACGGGCGCGCGCUCUGCCAGACCAAGCACUUCCCCUGGGCCGACGGCACGCCGUGCGGCGCCGGCAAGACCUGCAUGAGCGGCCGGUGCCUCGGCCACGGCGACAUGAAGGAGUUCGAGACGCCCGUGGACGGCGGCUGGGGGCCGUGGGGCGCGUGGGGCGCCUGCUCGCGCAGCUGCGGCGGCGGCGUGCAGUUCUCGCGGCGCGCCUGCACCAAGCCGGCGCCGCGCAACGGCGGCAGGUACUGCGCGGGCAAGCGGGCGCAGUUCCGCUCCUGCAACGUCGACGCCUGCCCCGGCACCACGCCUCUCACCUUCCGGGAGCAGCAAUGCGCUGCCUACAACUACCGCAGCGACCUCUUCAAGGGCUUCCCGGCGCCCAUGGACUGGGUGCCGCGCUACAGCGGCGUCGCCGCCGAGGAUCGCUGCAAGCUCACGUGCCAGUCCGAGGCGCUGGGCUACUACCACGUGCUGGAGCCGCGGGUGGCCGACGGGACGCCCUGCUCGCCCGAGGGCACCGGCGUGUGCGUGCAGGGCCGCUGCGUGGCCGCCGGCUGCGACCGCGUCAUCGGCUCCAGGAAGAAGUUCGACAAGUGCAUGCGCUGCGGCGGCGACGGCUCCACCUGCACCAAGGUCUACGGCUCCUUCGCCAAGGGCCGCUACGGCUACAACGACGUGGUGACGGUGCCCGCGGGCGCCACGCACCUCUGGGUGCGGCAGCUGUCGGCGGCGGGCGAGCGCGGCGCCGUGUUCCUGGCGCUGCGGCAGCCCGGCGGCGCCGCGCUCCUCAACGGCGCCUACGUGCUCGUGCCCUCCGAGACGGACGUGCCGCUGCCCGGCGGCGGCACAGCGCGCUACAGCGGCGCCACCAAGGCCGAGGAGACGCUGGCGGCGCGCGGGCCGCUGCGCCGGCCGCUCGUGCUGCAGGCCUUGGUGGUGGACGAGCGGCGCCCGCCGCGCCUCAAGUACAGCUUCUUCGCGCCGCGCGCCGCCCCGGCGCCCGCCUGGGAGAAGCAGAAAGCCGAAAUCCUGGAGAUCCUGCGGAGCCGGCGGCGCUCCAAGUAGUCCCGCGGGCACCCUGGGGCUCCGCUGAGCCCCGCGGCACUGAAGUCUCUAUUUAUUGGGUUAUUUAUUGCCCGCUGGGAGCGGGGGCAUCACCGGGCAGCCCCCACU